UCAGGGACGGAGGUGCCUGUUUACCCGCGCCGGACUCAACCGCCGCCGCCGCCGCGGGAUCCGAGUGGGGGCGCGGACGCGGGCGCUCCCGCGAGCCACGGUGGUGCUGGCUAGAGUGCACGCAUUUGGACCCAAGCUUAACUUUUCAAAUGUGGAAUCCUAGGCCUUCACUGGUUUCCGGAAGAAGUUGACUGCCCGAAAGGAAACUGCAAAACAUGAAAAUCGCUUUGAGGUGACCGAUAAGCCCCGUGGCCCCUUGCUUCUCCCGCAGUGGAUCUGAGCUUUAAGAACUCUAACUUCAGAUGAAGCAACUUGAGCCCAGGGAGAGGGAGUGAGUGCCAGGGUCACGUGGUGUGGAGCUCGGCCCGUCCGCGGGCAGUGCGUGGCCCUCUCAACUCGGCUUGGACUUGGAGUCCCUUGCAAGGUACUUGUCAGCCUCUCUUCUGGGCUGGCUGACUCCACGCUUUUGAAAUGUCCCGACCUCCAAUGGCCGACCAGAGAAUGGACAUUUCUUCAACAAUCAGUGACUUCAUGUCCCCGGGCACCACCGACCUCCUCUCCAGCCCCCUGGGCCCCGGCGGCACGGAUUGCAACCGCAAGCGGAAAGGCAGCUCCACCGACUACCAAGAAAGCAUGGACACGGACAAAGAUGACCCUCACGGAAGGUUAGAAUAUACAGAGCACCAAGGAAGGAUCAAAAAUGCAAGGGAAGCUCACAGCCAGAUUGAAAAGAGGCGUCGGGACAAAAUGAACAGUUUUAUUGACGAAUUGGCGUCUUUGGUACCUACGUGCAAUGCCAUGUCCAGGAAAUUAGAUAAGCUCACUGUGCUAAGGAUGGCUGUUCAGCACAUGAAAACAUUACGAGGUGCCACCAAUCCAUACACAGAAGCGAACUACAAACCAACUUUUCUGUCAGAUGAUGAAUUGAAACACCUCAUUCUCAGGGCAGCAGAUGGAUUUUUGUUUGUCGUAGGAUGUGACCGAGGGAAGAUACUCUUUGUCUCAGAGUCUGUCUUCAAGAUCCUCAACUACAGCCAGAACGAUCUGAUUGGCCAGAGUUUGUUUGACUACCUGCACCCUAAAGAUAUCGCCAAAGUGAAGGAGCAGCUCUCCUCCUCGGACACGGCGCCCCGGGAGCGGCUCAUAGAUGCAAAAACUGGACUUCCAGUUAAGACAGAUAUAACCCCUGGGCCGUCUCGAUUAUGUUCUGGAGCACGACGUUCUUUCUUCUGUAGGAUGAAGUGUAACAGGCCUUCGGUAAAGGUUGAAGACAAGGAUUUCCCCUCUACCUGCUCAAAGAAAAAAGCAGAUCGAAAGAGCUUCUGCACCAUCCACAGCACAGGGUAUCUGAAGAGCUGGCCGCCCACAAAGAUGGGGCUGGAUGAAGACAGUGAACCAGACAACGAGGGCUGUAAUCUCAGCUGCCUGGUCGCAAUCGGACGACUACAUUCUCACGUGGUUCCACAGCCGGUGAACGGGGAAAUCAGGGUGAAGUCUAUGGAAUAUGUGUCUCGGCACGCGAUAGACGGGAAGUUUGUUUUUGUAGACCAGAGGGCAACAGCUAUUUUGGCAUAUUUACCGCAAGAACUUCUAGGCACAUCAUGUUAUGAAUAUUUUCACCAAGAUGACAUAGGACAUCUCGCAGAAUGUCAUAGGCAAGUUUUACAGACAAGAGAAAAGAUUACGACUAAUUGCUAUAAGUUUAAAAUCAAAGAUGGUUCUUUCAUCACGCUGCGGAGUCGAUGGUUCAGUUUCAUGAACCCUUGGACCAAGGAAGUAGAAUACAUCGUCUCAACCAACACUGUUGUUUUAGCCAACGUCCUGGAAGGCGGGGACCCAACCUUCCCGCAGCUCACAGCGUCCCCCCACAGCAUGGACAGCAUGCUGCCCUCUGGAGAAGAUUCCUUUGUUGUAGGUGGCCCAAAGAGGACCCACCCCACUGUUCCAGGGAUUCCAGGGGGAACCAGGGCUGGGGCAGGCAAAAUAGGUCGAAUGAUUGCUGAAGAAAUCAUGGAGAUCCACAGAAUAAGAGGGUCAUCGCCUUCCAGUUGUGGCUCCAGCCCAUUAAAUAUCACAAGUACACCUCCCCCUGAUGCCUCUUCUCCAGGAGGCAAAAAGAUUUUAAAUGGAGGGACUCCAGACAUUCCUUCCAGUGGCCUACUACCAGGGCAGGCUCAGGAAAACCCAGGUUAUCCAUAUUCUGAUAGUUCUUCUAUUCUUGGUGAGAACCCUCACAUAGGCAUAGACAUGAUAGAAAACGACCAAGGCUCAAGCAGUCCCAGCAAUGAUGAAGCAGCAAUGGCCGUCAUAAUGAGUCUCUUGGAAGCAGAUGCUGGGCUGGGAGGUCCUGUUGACUUCAGUGACUUGCCAUGGCCGCUGUAAACACUACAUGUUGCUUUGGCAACAGCUACAGUAUCAAAGUGCAUUACUGGUGGAGUUUUACAGUCUGUGAAGCUUACUGGAUAAGGAGAGAACAGCUUUUAUGUACUGUCCUCAUAAAAGCCACCUCAGAGCCAUUGAUACAAGUCAAUCUUACUAUGUGUAACUUCAGACAAAGUGGAACUAAGCCUGCUCCAGUGUUUUCUCAUCAUUGAUUAUUGGGCUAGCUGUGGAUAGCUUGCAUUAAUUGUAUAUUUUGGAUUCUGUUUGUGUUGAAUUUUUUAAUCAUCGUGCACAGAAGCAUCAUUGGUAGCUUUUAUAUGCAAAUGGUCAUUUCAGAUGUAUGGUGUUUUUACACUACAAAGAAGUCCCCCAUGUGGAUAUUUCUUAUACUAAUUGUAUCAUAAAGCCGUUUAUUCUUCCUUGUAAGAAUCCUUUACUAUAAAUAUGGGUUAAAGUAUAAUGUAUUAGACAGUUAAAUAUUUUUAAUAAAUGUUUCCCUUGUUCUAUAAA